AUGGAUCUCCUGCCAAACUUUUCUUUUGUUACUUGGCUGCUCCUCAUCGUUUUCCUUAGCCUCCUGGUCCUCUAUGGGAUAUGGUCCUUCCAGGCCUUCAAGAAGCUGUGUAUUCCUGGGCCACAGCCUCUGCCUUUUUUGGGAACUUUCCUGGGGUACUGGCAUGGAGUCCUGAAUUUUGAUCAGAUGUGCUUUGAAAAGUAUGGCAAAAUCGGGGGGGUUUUUGAUGGCAGGCAGCCUAUGCUGGCUGUUUCGGACUCCAUCCUCAUCAAAUACAUCCUGGUGAAAGAGUGCUGUAGCAUUUUUACCGAUCGCCGGAACUUCCGUCUGAACGGGAUCCUGGAGUCAGCCCUCAUUGUGGCUGAAGAUGAGGAGUGGAAAAGGAUUCGUACUGUGCUGUCUCCAGCCUUCACCAGCGGAAAGUUGAAGGAGGUAAAGCAGAUGCCACUGGCACUUUGCAUCAAUAGCUGGAGGAGGACUGGGCCAUUUCUGAGAGCCACGUUCACUCCGAGCUGGAGUGGGUGCUUAGCUGGAAUAGGAGCUGCAUGUGGAUUCUGGGAGGAGAAUGGUGUGACUAUUCCAAAGGGCAUGGUGGUCAUGAUCCCAGCCUAUGUGCUGGGUCAUGACCCAGAGUACUGGCCAGAGCCUGAGGAGUUCAGGCCUGAGAGGUUCAGUAAAGAGAGCAAAGAGUCUAUUGACCCUUACACCUUCCCUGUUGGGACUGGCCCCAGGAACUGCAUAGGAACGAGGUUUGCUCUCCUCACUGUGAAAGUGGCUGCGGUCGUCCUGUUGCAGAACUUCUCAUUCAGAACCUGCAAAGAUACUCCGAUCCCACUCGUUCUGGACACAAAAGAUUUCACGCAACCGAAGCAGCCCAUCAUCCUGAAGAUGGUCCCCAGAGCCCAUCCUGGUCUGGAGAAGUGA